AUGUCCACCAAAUCUGUCACUGUCACCAAGCGUCACAAUGCGCCGCUGCCAAUGAAACCCAUCUCAUUGCAUGGCACGGAAGACACGGUAACGACCCAUCAGUCUGACGUACACAGAUCGAGCCGCAUGAGCAAGCUCGCUUACCACUUCGUCACAUUAUGCCUCUUUACCAUGAGUGAUAUGCCUACCUCUACUGGCAUCAAUACCACAUUUGCAAUUGCAGGGAUUCUUGCCGGCCCAGGCACCAUCAGCAACGCUGAUAUUAAACUGGCUGAGAUGGGAAAGGGGAUCCUUGUGGCUCUUUACUUCACGUGGCAUCUGACCUUGUGCUUCAAUCUCGGAAACCAGCGCCAGCCGCAGUCCGUUAUUGAGGAUGGCGUCAACAAGCCCUGGCGACCUAUUCCAGCUGGUCGCAUCUCGCCUGAGCUGACCCUUCGAUGGCAGCUAGUAUCUAUAGCCUCACUACUCGGCCUGUGUCUGACUAUUUUCGGCGGUUGGCAAGAGACUUGCUUCUACCUCUUCUGCACAUGGUUGUAUAACGAGCAAGCAUGGGGCGACAAGAGCUGGUGGCAACGCGCUCUCAUGAAUGCAUGCGGCAUCACCACCAACCGCGUAGCAACUCUUCGUGUAGCUGUUCUAGCCACUCAGGCACAUGCAGACAACUUCGAGUACACAAACAAGGGUCUAGGCUGGUUCCUCAUGUGCGCCGCCCUUGUCUUCACCACCAUUCAGGUCCAGGACUUGCGCGACCAGGAUGGAGACAAAUUGAUCGACCGCCAGACCUUCCCCCUAAUUCUUGGCGACGCACCAACGCGCUGGAUCACGGCUGUGGCGGUUUGUGUAUGGUCUGUUGUUUGUCCUCUAUACUGGGGGCUUGGUCUUAUUGGGUGUUCGAUCCCCAUCGUUGCUGGGAUUAUGGUAGCAGCUCAUAUGCUCAUCCGACGUUCCCGAGCGCAAGAUCAAACAAGCUUUCGCUUGGUGGCUGCAUGGUGGAUUUCUCUCUACUUCCUCCCAAUGAUGAGUAGCCGCGGUCUGUAG